UCGGAUAAAUGGUAGUCCGGAAUUUGCCCCUUCACCAGUCCGCUCCGGUCCGGUCGGAGUUCCUAGUCCACGGCGGCACACGUCACUGCUUCCUCUCCACUCCCACGGUCCCACCACGCGCCCGCCUCCUCCACCACCAAACUUCCACCGCCAUGCCUCCCGCCGCCGCCGCCGCCGCCUUCCUCUCCCCCGCCGUCGCGGUCUCCAGCCGCGCUCUUCCGCUCCGGCGAGCGGGGCACCUCGCCGUCCGCGCCGUCGCCUCCCCUCCCGCCUCCAAGCCCGCCCCUGCGCCCUCCAAGACUGGAAAGUGGCAGUGGAAAUUUGAGGAUAAGCUGGUAAACAUCUAUUAUGAGGAACAUGAGCAGGAGAAUGAGCAGGAGACUGCUGAGAAUGUGAAGAACAUCCUCAUGAUCCCUACGAUCUCUGAUGUUAGCACGGUGGAGGAAUGGAGGGUGGUCGCCAAAGAUAUUGUUGGGCGAAAAGGAGAACUAGGAUACCGUGCUACUAUUGUUGAUUGGCCUGGUCUUGGUUAUUCGGAUAGGCCAUCACUGAAUUACAAUGCUGAUGUGAUGGAGAAUUUUCUUGUUCAGCUAAUGAAUUCACCAAAUAGUCCAGUGGCAAAUGCAGAUGGUGAACUGGUAAUUGUUGGAGGUGGUCAUGCAGCAACAAUAGCAGUCCGUGCAGCUGGUAAGAACCUUAUCAGUCCAUGUGCCGUUGCUGCUGUUGCACCUACUUGGGCUGGACCCCUUCCCAUUGUAUUCGGCCGAGAUUCUGAUAUGGAAACAAGGUAUGGGCUUCUACGAGGAACCCUCAGGGCUCCAGCCAUUGGCUGGAUGAUGUACAACGUUCUGGUGAGCAACGAAAAGUCUAUCCAGUCUCAGUACAAGUCCCAUGUCUAUGCCAACCCUGAGAAUGUGACGCCAGAUAUCAUCGAGAGCCGAUAUGAGUUAACCAAAAGAAAAGGUGCACGGUUUGUCCCUGCUGCGUUCCUGACAGGCCUUCUCGAUCCUGUUCAAUCGAGGGAAGAAUUCCUGCAGUUGUUUGCCAAGUUGGAUGGGGAUGUACCAGUACUGAUUGUGUCAACGCUUAAUGCUCCCAAGAGGUCGAAGGCCGAGAUGGAGGCUCUCAAGGGCGCUAAAGGCGUGACGAAAUUUGUGGAGGCUCCAGGCGCUCUUCUGCCGCAGGAAGAGUACCCCUUGGCAGUUGCUGAGGAAAUCUACAGCUUCCUACAGGAAUCAUUCUCAGCAAGAAGAUGAACGCGUGUGCACGCACAAUUACGCCAGAGUCAGAUUCGAGUCCCACACUUUGAGUGUAAAUUCAUGAACCUGCCAUACUGUAAUCAAGCUUUCAGCAACAAUAAAGCCGCACCAGUUCCCUGGUA